AUGGACAAUAGUCACGUCGCCAGUCAUUCCUCAUCUAUGUCUAGACGACCACCCCCCGACGUUUUCCUGAGUUUCAGAGGACCGGACACACGUUGGAACUUUGCGAAAUUCCUGCACAUGAUGUUGACUAGAGCUGGCAUUGAUGUCUUUAUAGACGAGAUUGACCUGCCGAAAGGCAAUGAUCUCAACGACGAGCUGAUUGCUGUGAUCAGUCAGUCCAAGUUAUCAAUAGCCGUCAUCUCCGAGGACUACGUGUCCAGCAAGAGCUGCCUCAUGGAAUUGGAGCAAAUGUUGAAGUGGAAGGAUAGUGAGAGUCACACCAUUAUCCCUAUCUUCUACUAUGUCGACCCGUCGGAUGUACGCCACUGCAAGGGCCCGUUCGCGAGGUCAAUGCGUGAGCACAAUGAUUCCGGCAGCGAUGCCACGGUCAUUGGCUUCUGGAAGUCUGCUCUCAAUCGAAUUGGAAGAAUGGCCGGACACCAUCUCUGUGAAAACAAUGAAGGGUAA